CCAGCCGCCUCGCUCCGGGUCCCCACGGCUGCGAACUGAUCUGGCGCGGGGGGAGGAGGAGAGCGCAGGCGAGAGUGGGAGAGAGCUGGCGAGAGAGCAGGAGCCGGGAGGCACAGGGAGUAGUGACCGCCUUCCGGAGCCGGGAUUCAUGCCUGUCCUCGGGACCAGCGAAGGGGACUUUACGGCUGAGUAUGAGCCAGGCUGCUAGGAGCCAGGUACCCCCACGCCUGCAGUCCCCGCGCCGUCCCCGGUAUGCGAGCUGGACGCAGGGCUCUCCCAAGUUCCCACCGAGCAGAAUAAAAAGCGUCGGCCCGCAGCUCUCCGCCAAAGACGGACAUUGACUCCAGGACUCCAGAGAAUGGAGCAAGAAUGAGAGGAAAAAGGCCGGCAGAAAAGCAUGAACUGGAGGUUUGUUGAGCUCCUCUACUUCCUGUUUGUAUGGGGCCGUAUCUCAGUGCAGCCCUCCCACCAGGAACCAGCUGGGACAGACCAACAUGUCUCCAAGGAAUUUGAUUGGCUUAUUUCAGACAGGGGGCCUUUCCACCACUCCAGGAGCUACCUAUCCUUUGUGGAAAGACACCGACAAGGAUUUACAACCAGAUAUAAAAUAUACAGGGAGUUUGCCCGUUGGAAGGUGAGGAACACAGCCAUUGAGAGGAGAGAUCUGGUUCGUCAUCCAGUACCCCUCAUGCCAGAGUUUCAAAGGAGCAUCCGUCUGCUUGGCAGGAGACCCACCACUCAGCAGUUCAUCGACACCAUCAUCAAAAAGUACGGCACUCACCUCCUCAUCUCUGCCACGUUGGGAGGAGAGGAGGCUUUGACCAUGUACAUGGACAAAAGUCGCCUCGACAGGAAGUCAGGGAAUGCCACUCAAAGCGUCGAAGCUCUGCACCAGCUGGCGUCGUCCUACUUUGUUGACCGUGAUGGCACCAUGAGGAGACUCCAUGAGAUCCAGAUAUCAACUGGAGCAAUCAAGGUCACAGAGACACGCACUGGGCCUCUGGGCUGUAACAGCUAUGACAAUCUGGACUCUGUGAGUUCCGUCCUUCUGCAAAGCACGGAGAGCAAACUGCACCUUCAAGGUCUUCAGAUAAUCUUCCCUCAGUAUCUGCAAGAGAAGUUUGUCCAGUCGGCCUUGAGCUACAUCAUGUGCAAUGGCGAGGGCGAGUACGUGUGCCAGAGCAGCCAGUGCCGAUGCCAGUGUGCCGAGGAGUUCCCGCAGUGCAACUGCCCCGUCACCGACAUCCAGAUCCUGGAGUACACGCUGGCCAACAUGGCCAAGUCAUGGGCUGAAGCAUACAAGGACCUGGAGAAUUCAGAUGAAUUUAAGUCAUUUAUGAAGCGUCUCCCCAGCAACCACUUCCUGACCAUCGGUAGUAUCCACCAGCACUGGGGCAACGACUGGGACCUGCAGAACCGCUACAAGCUCCUCCAGAGUGCCACGGAGGCUCAGAGGCAAAAGAUCCAGCGCACUGCCCGCAAGCUCUUCGGUCUCAGUGUACGCUGCCGCCACAACCCCAACCACCAGCUGCCUAGAGAGAGGACAAUUCAGCAGUGGCUUGCAAGGGUCCAGUCUCUUCUCUACUGCAACGAGAACGGGUUUUGGGGAACCUUCCUGGAGAGCCAGAGGAGUUGUGUGUGCCACGGUAGCACCACACUUUGCCAGCGCCCCAUCCCCUGCAUCAUAGGAGGGAACAACAGCUGCGCCAUGUGCAGCCUGGCCAACAUCUCCCUCUGUGGCUCCUGCAACAAAGGCUACAAGCUGUACCGAGGCCGCUGCGAACCACAGAACGUGGACUCUGAGCGGAGCGAGCAGUUCAUCAGCUUCGAGACCGACCUGGACUUCCAGGACCUGGAGCUGAAGUACCUGCUGCAGAAGAUGGACUCGCGCCUCUACGUCCAUACCACCUUCAUCAGCAACGAGAUCCGCCUGGACACAUUCUUCGACCCUCGGUGGCGCAAGCGCAUGUCCCUCACUCUCAAGAGCAACAAGAACCGAAUGGACUUCAUACACAUGGUGAUCGGCAUGUCCAUGCGCAUCUGCCAGAUGCGCAACAGCAGCCUGGACCCCAUGUUCUUUGUCUAUGUCAAUCCCUUCAGCGGGAGCCACUCCGAGGGCUGGAACAUGCCCUUUGGGGAAUUCGGCUACCCUCGUUGGGAGAAGAUCCGUCUCCAAAACAGCCAAUGCUACAACUGGACUCUCUUGCUGGGCAAUCGGUGGAAAACGUUUUUUGAGACGGUCCACAUCUACCUACGUAGUCGGACUCGGCUACCUACCCUGCUGCGGAAUGAGACUGGCCAGGGCCCCGUGGACCUGUCUGAUCCCUCCAAGAGGCAGUUCUACAUCAAGAUCUCGGAUGUGCAGGUGUUUGGGUACAGCCUGAGGUUCAACGCCGACCUCCUGCGCAGCGCAGUGCAGCAGGUUAAUCAGUCCUACACACAGGGCGGCCAGUUCUACUCCUCUUCGUCGGUGAUGCUCCUCUUGUUGGAUAUUCGGGACCGAAUUAAUCGCCUGGCCCCUCCGGUGGCCCCGGGGAAACCCCAGCUGGACCUGUUCUCGUGUAUGCUGAAACACCGCCUGAAACUGACCAACAGCGAGAUCAUCAGGGUGAACCACGCACUGGACCUCUACAACACCGAGAUCCUGAAACAGUCGGACCAGAUGACAGCCAAACUCUGCUAACGCGGGACCCCGGGCCAUGGACUGUCCCUUUUGUUGUACAAACACAACAGAACAAAGCAAAGCUAAACAAAACACAAAAAUUUGUAAAAUGUAAUUAAUGUUCAAAGAAAAGGAGGAAAAAUCUUCAUUUGUUGGAAACUAAAACGUUCUAGCAACUGUAUAAAAACCGUUGGGCAUGUUUGUUACUUCUAUACUCUGUCAUGAAGAAGGGUCUCAGCCUUCGGUGGAGCUUUGAGGGAGUGGCUCGGUAGGCCUCAGGUGCUGUCUGGAGCGGGGAGAGGGAGAGCUUAUGCAAUGAAUUGUAAAGAUCUCUGCUGUGCAGGUGCUAAGAUUAAACACUAAAGAGAGAGAGAGAUAUGUAAUGUACAACUGACACUGCCAUUUUUCCUUGUGGGAGGAAAUGGACAUAGAUAAAGAAGAUAUUUCUUCGGUUAAGAUUUCUUCCCUCUUUAUGCUUAUUUCCUUGUGGUUUUUUUUCUUUGACUCAUUCUCAAACAGGGGUGGGGGGAUGCAAUGACACUACUUUCUUACUCAUAUGGCUUCUUUUCUUCUCAAUAAAUGGAAACUGAUGCAAGUUGGCCAGCAGGUGAGCUUGGGAGGAGACACAUUCACAUAAACACAGGGCGAAAAGUAACCUCAGAUAUUAGUGCAGGAAACUCUUUAGUUUGGAAAAUAGGUACCAGGGGGCAUGGCAUACCCAUUUUAACACCCACAAUAACUGCCUGAAUUGAGUUUGAAUCCUGCUUUCUGAUGCCCUUAAAUGUGCAACUUCUUACAAAACACACUGGCCACUUUUGUGUUUUCCCCUUCAGCAAAGCUUCCAAGGGAUGAAAUGUUCUGUUUGAUAGUCAUUCUGUGCAUGUGAAGAGGUUCCUCCUGCUACUUUCACCAAAAAGAAAUAGGGUAGUGUCAGAUUUCCUACAAAUGCAUUCCAUAUUAAAGUCUUAGUUUGAAUAAAAUCAAGGGCCAUAAUUU